AUGGCGAACGACCGGGAAAACAAUGGCCUUGCCAACGGCUCACCACAUGGUGAUCAUCACCGCCAUGGCUCUGCAGAGGAGGAUGACUACGAGGCGACGGAUGCCGAUUUCAGCAGAUUGAUGGACUACCCGGACGACGUGGACUACUACGCUCUGCUGGGCCUGUCGCGCUCGCCGCAACCCACCGACGCCCAGAUCCGAUCCGCCUACCGCACCUUGACCCUGAGCUUCCACCCCGACAAGCAGCCGGCGCACCUGCGCGAGGCCGCCGAGGCGCAUUUCGAGCGGAUCAAAGAGGCCUACGAGACCCUGAUCGACCCGAAGAAGCGGACCGUGUAUGACCUCCAGGGGGCGGGAGGCGUCAGGAGGGAAUGGGGCCCCGGCGGCGCGAUGGGUCGCGGUGGUGAGGCGGAGAGGAAACAGGGUUCAGUUUCCAUCGGACUCGACGCGUCGUCCAUGGUCGAGGCUGCCGAUGACGGUGACUAUGUCUAUCUUCGCUUUCCGUCGAUACACCCGUAUAAGUAUUCGAUGGGUUACUCCUUCAGGGCGCCUCUUCCAGAAUUCAGGAAUCUUUUUACAAGAGUCCCGGAGGAAAAGGAGGAGGAGGAUGAGACAAAAACACCGUCAGAAGAGCAGCCUUCUGGAGGACCAGAGGUGGUCUUGAACGCCAGUAUUGCCGGCCAGCUCCAGAGGCCCAAGCAGCCGAUGAAGUUCGUAUACGAGGACGGAACGGAAGAGACGAAACAGGUUGCUCUGCCGCUGAUUAUGGUCGCGAAAAAUAUGUCGCUGAGCGCGAGCGUCUCCCAUACUGUUGGCGCUGUUGGGUUGAGAAAAGGUCUCCCUCAAAAGUUGUCUUCCUUGCUUGACGGGGCGACAGUGGGAUGCACGGGAAUGCUGCUCCCGUCUCCAGCCUUGGAGACUUUUAUCGUCAAGUCUGUGGCGCCAUUUCCAGGAACACAGCCUAUUAGCUUCUCCCUCCGCACUAAUUUCACGAGGUCUCCAUUGUCAUUACCACCGGUCAUUGGGCUAUCAGUAUCGAGACAGCUCGCACCGAGAAAGCACGUAUACUGCACCUGGUCCAGCGGAACUAUAAAUUGGCCAAUGCUGCUUCACCAGAUGCUAUUGCCCAUCGUUGAGAUCGGUCUGGAUCCCGAGUCUGCAUUCUCAGCCCCUGUGCAGCCGAGUCAGAUUGACGUCGGCUAUCUAUCUCUCCCAAAGCCGGCGAAGAAGACGGAGGUGAACGAGGAAGACGAGGAGGAUCUCGACGAGAGGUUAAAAGAAGGACAUCCUGCUGAAGCUUGGCAUUGGCGAGUGAGUGCGUCCCCUCAGGGGGGUAAUCUGACACUGCGUUAUGAAAGGAACCUGUUUUCAGGACGCGUCGAUGAGCCUCCUCGUUCGGAGUGGAACCUGGAAGGUUAUCAUCCUAUCGCUCCGACGACAGGACAUCGCGCUGUUCGGCUUGAGGUUGAAACCACUGCGGGACUGGACGGGUCGCUCGCCUGGCACAUUUCCGGAACGAGACAGGUCGGCGAUUUCACGCGCGUUGGUCUGGGAGUCGGGGUUUCGGGACGCCGCGGACUUACCAUCUCCGUCUCGUGGCGUCGACUUGGCCAGGCGAUCUCUUUGCCUGUCGUCAUUUGCCCUCUGGACCUCGUUAGCGCGGAACUUGCUGCUCUGGCAGUCAUCAUUCCGUGGGCGACGUAUUGCGGGAUUGAAUUUGGAUAUAUCCGUCCGCGGGAGCGGCGGAAACGUCGUCAGGCCAUUAUAAAACGGCGGAAGGAGCUGAAGAAAUUGACUGCAAAGCGGAAGGCAGAGAGCCAGCAAGCGAUCGAACUGAUGUCCGAGCAGGUCCGUCGAAGACAGGAGAGGGAGAAAGCGCAGGGCGGCUUGGUUAUCGACCGCGCUGAAUACGGAUACUUCCCACCUUCAGAUAGGAAAGUGGCUGGUGAAGAGGCGGAAAGCAAUGUCAUCGACGUGACGAUUCCGGUGGCAGCGCUGGUCGACCAUGGCCAGCUUAUUAUCCCUCGCGACACUGUCAAGUUCCAGAUCUUGGGGUUCUACGACCCGGCGCCGUUGCUGCCGAAGAAGCUGCGGAUAUGGUACACGUUUAGCGGACGGCGACACAUGGUAGAAGCUGGCGAUGACGAGGGCGUCACCUGUCCUAUGCGGUCGCAUGUGGUGGAGUAG